AUGGAUUCUCUCCAAAAACAGGUCGGUUCUCGGAACUGGGGAUGCGAUUUCAUCACCUCCCCAUUGCUUCAGAUAUAUGGAUUAGCCCAAUGUCAUGAUGAUCUUUCUAGUCUUGAUUGCAAAAUCUGUUUUUUCCAAGGCAGAGUCAAACUCCCACGUUGUCUCCCUGCCACUUCUGCUCGUAUCUAUCUUAAUGGUUGCUUUAUUCGUUACGAUAAAUAUAACUUCUUUCAUGAAGCCAUUGAUCCCAUGAAUGAUGCUGUGGUAUGUGGUGAGCCAACAAAUGCUUUGACAGAUAACUUUUUGCACAUGGAGUUCAAGCAACGCUUGGCAGUAGCGAUACAGAAUGUCACUGCAAUGGCACUCGGGAAUGGAAAAUUUGCAGCUGCGGAGGCAAAAGGAAGAAUUUUUUCCAUUUAUGCAUUGGCACAAUGCUGGAAUACGCUUGAUAAGGACGAAUGUAGAAAGUGCCUGGUGAAAGCAGGCUCAAAAUUAAGUCAAUGUGCUCCUGGCUCGGAGGGCAGUGCCUUUUUUGCUGGUUGUUACAUGAAAUAUUCUACACAUCAUUUUUUUAAGGAAUCCGUGGAAUCAAAAGCUCGUUAUGACAACACUGGAAUCGUAGUAGCAGUUACUUUAUCGACAGUUGUGUUCGUCGUGCUAGCUUCUUUUGGUGCUUUUAUAGGGUAUGAGAGAUUGUCAAAGAGGAAAGGAGACAAAACCAAUCUCCGCCUUUCACCCAACUCUAGUUUAAAUUUCACUUAUGAAGUGCUUGAGAAGGCAACUGAGUAUUUUGAUGACUCGAGGAAAUUGGGCCAAGGAGGAGCUGGUUCUGUUUUUAAAGGAACUCUCCCAGAUGGAAGAACGGUUGCAGUUAAGAGAUUGGUCUAUAGUACAAGGCAAUGGGUUGACCAGUUCUUCAAUGAAGUUAACUUGAUCAGUGGUAUUCAACACAAAAACCUUGUCAUCCUUUUGGGUUGCAGCAUUGAAGGCCCUGAGAGUCUUCUUGUUUAUGAAUAUGUACCUAACAGGAGCCUUGAUCAGAUUCUUUUCAUUAAGAACACGUUACAUAUUCUCAACUGGCAGCAGCGGUUUAAUAUUAUCCUAGGAACAGCCAGAGGACUUGCAUAUCUACAUGGAGGUUGUGGAGUGACUAUCAUUCAUAGAGAUAUCAAAACUAGCAACAUUCUUCUUGACGAGAAGCUUACUCCAAAGAUUGCUGAUUUUGGACUUGCACGUUGUGUUGCCACUGACAACACCCAUAUUAGCACUGGCAUUGCAGGAACGUUGGGAUAUAUGGCUCCUGAAUAUCUUGUUCGAGGGCAGCUAACAGAGAAAGUUGAUGUUUAUGGUUUUGGGGUUCUACUUCUUGAGAUUGCAACUGGUAAAAAGAACAGUGUGUUCUCACAGGGAUCAAGUUCAAUUCUGCAUUCUGUUUGGAAGCAUUACAAAGCCAAUACAAUUACAGACAUGGUUGAUCCUGGUUUAAGAGGUAUGUUUUCCCAGAAACAGGCAGAAAAGGUGCUUCAAAUUGGUCUUCUAUGCACACAAGCUUCUUCAAGGCUAAGACCGUCCAUGAAUGGAGUAGUACAGAUGCUCACCGAUGCCCAAUGUCAAAUCCCCUCUCCAAAGCAACCUCCAUUCCUGAAUGCUAGCGUUCUUAGUCCAGAUGGCAAUGCAGACAGCUGCAUCACGGAAGUAUCACUUACAUGUAAUUCAGUGGUAAAUCAGCAAACAACCUCUCAUGUAACACUCUUGGGUGACCCCUCCAAAUUCAGGCGCUACAGAUAGUCCCAGAUCAAGAAAUUCUUCAACACUUG